CAGAUGAACUUGAAAAGUCUCGUGCGACUCUCGUGGGUCGUCAUGCUCUUUCUCCCCUCCCAGUCGUUCCGCGUCAGCCCAUCCUGUUGGUCUCAGUCACUCCGUCCUCGUGCCUGCCCUCGUCAUGGGUGGAGGAUGCAGGUGUGGAGCAACCCACAGGCGUUGGAGGAGUAUCAGGACCUGCUGUCAGGCAAGGAGCAGGUUGCAUCUGUCGAUACUCCCUCUGUCAUUGUCGGUGGCGGACGCGUGGGGGAGAUGCUGAGAGGAGCGGGGGGGGGGGACGACGUUGUGGUGGGGCGAGGAGGGCAAAUCCCUGAGGUCCACGAGGGGCUCGAGAGCUUUCCGGUGUACGUGUGCGUCCCUACGUCAGAGCUGGAGAAUGUGAUUCGUUCCUGCCCUCAGUCAAAGCUCGACGACCUUGUGUUUGUGCAGGAUGGUAUGAUCGAGCCGAUCCUCAAGAAGUACGCUCUGUGCGGGAACGAGAACACUCAGAUGCUUCCUUACUUCACCCUCUUCUCCAAGGGAGGACGACCACAAGAUAGUCUUGUCGACUUGGGAACAGACGCGUACGGGGAGCCCAAGUACGCGGGAGAGACGAGCAUCUGCGGGAAGUGGGCGGGCGCGCUGAAGCAGCGACUAGACCGACUGAACUUCUGCCACAGGCACAGCAGGACGAUGUUCUACCGCGACUGGAGGAGGGCGAUGCUGGAAAAGGUUAUCUUCGACAGCGUGUUUCCGCUUGUGGGUGCGUUGAACAAAGGAAUCAGCAUCGGAGAGGUUGGCCAAAGUCACACAGAAGAAUGUCAAGAGAUGAUUACGGAGAUUGCAAGGUCUCUUCCAGGAACACUUGCAGUGACGUUGAUGUACGGUGUGGAAGAGAGAUUGUUCGCCUACUCGCAGCAUGACAAUGUUGAGUUCCGUCCUUGCAAGAUCGAGCAGUAUCCCUUCAGGAACGGCUUCUGGUACACUUUCUCCCAGCAGGCAAAGCAGAUUGGGUUCCCUGAUCCAACCCCGAUGCACUCGGAGUACCUCGAGUUGGCCAAGGAGAAAGGAAUCAUCGACUUCGACCUGCACUGAAGAGGAAGCAAACCAAGAAGAUGCGGGAGGAGUAAGAGAGUUGGGGAGUAGGAGGUGGGAGGAUGUGGAGAGUUGGAGAGAAGUUCGAAAAGGAGAAGAGGGGUGAAGAGAGAACAGGAGAGUUGUCAAUGAAUGUAACAACCUUCUCCCUUGAUAUCGCAUCAUUUGGAUGAACAUACAUUGAAUAUACAUGUUAUACCAAU